GCUCCCUAGCACUCGCUCCCCCGCCCUCGCAGUCGCAGAACGAUGACGCAGAAGCAGGUCUUGUUCAAAGGGCAGCAAAAGAAGAAGACCCUCCCUCCCAGCCGCCAUGGAAAACCACCUCAAGGUCGAAAGGGAAAACGCUUCAUAAAACCAUCCAAAAUAACAAGAGAAAUGGAGAUGGAUAAGGAAGUAACGAAGUUCAUCAAUCAGUGCAAUGAAAUAAAAGCCGCCACGGUUGCGAGCAAAGAAGGCGGUCAGUUUUCUUUGUUAAAAACGUCAGAAAGCAAUUCCACCGCGAAGUGAGUGAUUAAAUUGUAUAAUGGCUCCAUCCUGUCCUCUGGUUCUGCCAUAAAGGAGAAAUGGGAAAUGGCAGCGAUGGAUCUGUCUCUAAUCUGUCCCAUUUAUUUUGCUAAUUUUUUCGAAGAAUGGCGUAUCGGUUUUGUUUUGUUUUUUAUUAUAAGUCGUGACAAGUAGGUUAGAGUCUUGGCGAGCUUAUAUUUUGUUUCCCCAAGUGUUAGCUAAUAAUUGUUCGAUUUCCAAUAUUUAAUUAAAGAAUGAGUCGGCUUUGUAUCUGAAA